GCCGGAGCGGCGCGGUUCUCGUCCUCGAAUCCGCGGCGCGUGACAGAUGGAGCGUGACAGGCGAUCAAGCGUUUAACGAAAUUGCUCUUUCCGUGCCCCUGUUUACUCGGGACCGAUUCGUUUACCUUGCCUCGCGUUUCGUUACACUCUCGGCGCCGCGGAGCGGUUCUUUCCGCGAUCGAUUUCCAUUUGUUCCGAUCCCCGAGGGGGAUGCUCGUCCGCGAGCUCCUUUGACGAAAACCGAGAACGACCACUCCCACGAGGUGCCCAUGGGAAAGGGGUCGCGUUUGAUGCUCAGGGGGCGGCUUGCGCGGUACGCGUGUCUCCUCCUCGCGUGUCUCUUCAGUUGUCAUUGUCCCGCGUCGUCGCGAGCUUCCACGAUUCGGAGCUUCCGUCGAGAGACGCCGCGGCUCGAGGAUGAUCUUCGCGGCGAUCAAGGUCGGCCUUCUGUUCCUCGUCGUCGGGACGUCGUCGACGGUUGAAAAAGCGCGGGUCACUUACGCGAACCUGACCGGAGACUUUGUUUUGGGCGGACUGUUCCCUGUGCACCGAAGAGGCAGCGGAGGACAGAGCUGCGGCGAGAUUCAAAUAGAGGACGGCAUCCAGCCCCUGGAAGCUAUGCUGUACACCGUCGGACGCAUCAACGAUGAUCCCACGAUCCUCCCAGGCAUUCAUCUCGGCGCUUUGGCCUUUGACACCUGCGACAACCCCGGCUACGCGUUGCAGCAGGCGUUCUAUUUCGUGAAAGGUCUGAUCGCGAGCGGCGCUCGGCGCGGCGAGCAUGACUACCGGUGCGAGGACAGCAGCACGCCGAAGUUUAUGAACGGAGGAUUCGACGACGUGAUCGCGGUGCUCGGCGCGCAAUCGAGCUCCGUUACCAUUCAGGUAGCAUCGGUUCUGGCGCUGUUCUCGAUGCCGCAGAUCUCUUACAUGGCCACCUCGCCGUUCUUGAGCAGCAAGGAGAGGUUUCCGCAGUUCUUUCGCACGGUACCGAGCGACGUGAACCAAGCGCGCGCCAUGCUCGAGAUACUUCGGCAGUUCGAGUGGACGUACGCCUCGAUCGUCUACUCGGAUUCGGAGUACGGCGACCACGGCUACGAGACGAUCGCCUCGUUGGCAGCCGAGUACUCCGUUUGCUUCACCACUCCGCACCGGAUCAAAGAGGAACGCUUCGCGGCCGAAGAUUACGACAACGUGGUCCGCGCGAUCGCCGACAAGACCGAUGUCCGAGUGGUGGUGCUGUUCGCCGAGAAGUCGACGACCUUCCGCGUCCUGGAGGCGGCGAAGAGGCUCGGCCUCGACUCGAGGUUCGUCUGGAUCGGCAGCGACUCCUGGCCGGACCGGAAGGACGAAGAGAACAGAGUGCUGGAGGGCGCGCUCGCCGUGCAACCCCUGUACGCUCGGCUCUCGGGCUUCGACGAGUACUUCACGGGCUUGACCCUUGAGCACGAGAGGUCGAAUCCUUGGUUCCGCGAGUUCUGGUUCAAGUACCACGGCUGCGCGAACCAGACGGAACUGGCUGCUCGCGAGGUGAGAGGUUUUGAAGGAUUCAGUGUUCGACGGGUCGGCUGCACGGAUCCAAGCCUCAGGAUCGACCGAAGCAACGGCUACAAGCAACGGCGGUUCCUGCAUUUCGUUCGAGACGCGGUUUAUGCAGUGGCGUACGCUCUGCACGACGCGCAGAGGGACGUGUGCGGCGAGAGUUACGUCGGCGUUUGCGAUCGAAUGCGGUCCAUGGACGGAAAGACUUUCUCCGGUUACCUGACUAAAGUGUCUUUCAAAGACGAAGCGGACCACGAAUUCGGAUUCGUAGACGAAGUCGACGGGCCACCCAGGUACUCUAUCCUGAACUUCCGGCGAACAUCGAACGGCUCGUACCAGUGGUUGGUCGUUGGAAAUUACACGCUGAACGAGCAAGGACGAGCGGAGCUUCGCCUAGACCGUAGCAAGAUGAGGUUCCGCGGACACGGGGAGGCCGCGUUUCCGGCUUCCUCUUGUUCCAGACCGUGUGAUCCCGAUAGAAUCAUGGUCAGAGCGAAAGAGGAUCCUUGCUGCUGGCGUUGCCAGAGCUGCGGCCUGUACCGGUACCGGGUGGACGAGCACAGAUGCGAGGACUGCGACUGGGGCACUCGUCCGACGGGGAACGGGACCAGCUGCGAGCCGAUUCCCGAGGAGUUCGUCGACUACUCGAAUCCAUGGGCGAUCGCCGCCAUUUCGGUGGCCGUUCUCGGCAUGUCGUUGACCUUGUUCGUUUCCGCGGUGUUUUGGCGGUACCGCGAGACACCGAUGAUCAAGGCCUCCGGACGGGAGUUGUGUUUCCUACUGCUGAUCGGCGCGUUCGGUUGUUUCUCGAUGACGUUCCCGGUCGUGGCGAAGCCGAGCGUCGCGAGCUGCGCCGUCGUUCGCUUCGGCAUCGGAUUCUGCUACACCCUGUGCUACGCUGCGCUGGCAACGAAGAUCAACAGGAUCCACCGGAUAUUCAACGAUCCCGGCCCAAGCCCGCGAAAGCGACGGUACACCAGCCCUAGAUCGCAACUGACGAUCGCCUCGGUACUCACGCUCGUGGAGAUCGCGUUCGACGUCGUGUGGCUGCUGAAGGAGCCGCCCGCCGUGACCAGCUCCUAUCCCAGCAGGGAAGCGAACAUCAGGAUCUGCCGCGGAUCCGAGAACGGAUCGUACGUGAUCGGCUUAGCGUACCCGUUCCUGUUGACGAUGGCGUCCACGUUCUACGCAGUGAAGACCAGGAAGUGUCCCGAGGGAUUCAACGAGACUCGCCGCAUCGGGUUCGCGAAUUACGCGACGAUCGUCCUGUGGCUCGCCUUCGUGCCCCUGUACCUCGCCUCCGUGAACAACGUGGUCAGAGUGAUCACAUUAGCGCUCUCCCUGUCUCUGAACGGACUGGUCCAGCUGCUCUGCCUGUUCCUGCCGAAGGUCUACGUGGUGCUGAUCAAGCCUGAGAAGAACACCAGGGAGCUGGUGAUGUCCAGACCGCAGGGCUCCUCGAAUCCGACAGCGGCGAUUCCGCCGGAAGCUUUCCCCUGUUGCUCGGCUGCGCCCGCCAGCCGGGCGAUCCGGUCUCCAGAUUUAAGCGGCUCCCGAUUGUCCAUCCCCGCUUCAACCUGA